CGACAACAAACCAAACUGGUGUCUGUUGUCUGCUGUCUGCGCAGUCGCUCGCCAUCGACCACAUCGACCCACAUCGACCACAUCAGACUGACGUCGACCACAUCGACCACUGCCUCCUUCUUCUUUCUCCCCUCCUCUCUCUAUCCCCCGUUUCCAUCUACGAGGAAGUCAUGGCUGACGAGAAGCUGAUCGUGGAGACGCCAGUCUUCAUGAUUGUGCGCGGUGCAUCAUGCAGAGGCCGCAUGCGCUGCAGUCCACAAGGUCUCGCCUUCAAACGAGAGGCGACGGACAAGACACAGACGUUCUACAAAAGUGACAUGGCCUCGUGCGAGACAAAGCGCGUUGCUCGUGGACAUCAGCUGCGCAUCAAGCUGAAGAGCGGCGGUCAUGCCACCUUUGAAGGCUUCAAGUCCAACGACAUGAACGCCAUGAUUGACUUCUUCAAGAAGCACUACGACCUCGACAUCAAGAUUGUGGAGCUGUCACUCAAGGGUAACAACUCCGGCAGCGCCCGCUUCCACGGCAACUUCCUUGUCUUUGACGUGGACGGCAAGCCCGCGUUCGAGGUGCCGCUCAACGCUGUCGGCAACGUCACCUCCCAGAAGUACGAAGCCAGCAUUGAUUUCAUCCAGGACGAGGAUGCGGACGACAACGAGCAGCGCGUCGAGUCCAUGCGCUUUCUCGUCAUCCCCGAUCCAGAGAGCGAGCAAUAUGCCAAGACAGAGGAGUUUGUGGAGAACGUGAAAGCCCGCGCCAGCAUCGCCGAGUACACGAGCCGUGCCAUCUGCACCAUUGGCAAGCUCUCCUUUCUCGUGCCACGUGGCCGCUUCGACGUUGAGCUGUAUCCAUCGUUUAUGCAGCUGCGCGGGUCCACGUACGACCACCGCCUCUUCUACGAUUACAUCUCGCACAUCUACCUCCUGCCGAGACCGGACGACGGCGAGUACAUUGUUCUCGCUGUUGACCCGCCAUUGCGUCAUGGCCAGACGCGCUACCCGCAUGUGCUGCUCCAGUUUACACGCGAGCACGAGGGCGCUGAUGUUGUUGUCAACGUCACCAGCGACGAAGUUCGCUCCUCCCUCUCCUACCUCACCGAAUCAAUUCCUGCCGAUCAGGCCGAGGUGACAGAGACCGGCCCUCUCGCCAGCAUUCUCUCCCGCCUCCUCAAGGCCCUCACAAAGCGCAAGAUUAUUACACCAGGAUCCUUCACCUCCUCUGAGGGUUUUGCUGCCGUCAACUGCACAUACAAGGCCAACCGCGGCACGCUGUACCCGCUCGAUCGCGGAUUCCUGUUCCUCCACAAACCGCUCCUCCACAUCUCCAUUGUCCGCAACCUGCGUGUGACGUUUGAUCGCGUCAAGGAGUCGUCGAGCCGCGACACGAAAUCGUUCGACAUGCGGCUGCUGCAUCCCGAGCGCGGCGAAUUUGAAUUCCGCGGACUCGGGCAGGACGAAUUGCAGCCGCUGAUUGAUUUCCUGCGGCUCAAACGCGUCGCCAUCGAAGGCCUCGACGAAGCCCCGGCCGCUGCCGGCGACGAUGACGGCUUUGAUUCGUCCGAGGACGAAGAUCACGUUGUUCGUCCCGGCGACUUUGAUGACGGGUCUUCGGAGUCAGAUCACUCCUUUGCCGAGGAUGAUGUCGAGGAAUCGUCGAUGGACUCUGAAGAGGACGAGCAGCUGCAGGACGAACUUGUUGAGGACGACAUGCUCGGGCAGGCGCCGGCGAAGAAGAAGCGCGCAUCAAAGAGCCGGCAGUCGAAACAGCGCGACGACGACGAGGAGGAUGACGACGAUGACGAGGAUGAGGAUGAGGAUGAGGAUGAGGAUGAUAUUAUCGUGGAGGACAAGCCCGUGAAGAGUAAGAAGAAGACGCAGAAGGCGAGUGCGGCAAAGCGUGGCCCCAAGAAGGCCAAGACGGCAUAUGCGCUCUGGUCCUCAUCCGCCCGCUCCAAGCUCAAGGAGCAACACCCUGAUCUGUCGUUUGGAGAGCUGAGCAAGAAGCUCGGACAGGCGUGGCAGGACCUGGCAGACGAGGACAAGGCGGAGUGGAACGAGAAGGCAAAGGAGGACAGGCAGCGCUAUCUCAAGGAGAAGAAGAAGUUUGAUGCCGAAAACCCAGACGCCGCCAAACCCGCCAAGAAGAUGCGCAAGAAGAAGGACCCGAAUGCGCCAAAGGGCGCCAAGUCCGCCUACAUUUACUUUUCCACGGAGAUGCGCGAAAAGAUCAAGGAGGAAAAGCCAGACCUCACCCUCGGCCAAAUCUCCCAGGAGUGCGGAACGCUGUGGCGUGGAUUGAGCGACGAAGAGAAGAAGAAAUAUGAGAAAAUGGCUGCCGAGGACAAGAAACGGUAUGAGGCCGAGAUGGCGGAGUACAAGGCAAAGAACGACGCUGAUGACGACGGCGACGGUGAUGGUGACAAUGCGGGGAGCAAGAAGCGGUCGGCAAAAGGGACCAAGUCCAAGGCAAAGAAGUCCAAGACGAGCAAGGCGCCCGCCAAGGGGCAGAGCACCCUCAAGUUCAAGAGCGAUGAAGUAGUGCUGUCGAGCGAAUCUGACGACGAGUGAUCCCUUCCCAUAUCAGUGCACCGUGAACAGCAGCUCUCUGUGUGUGUGUGUGUGUGUGUGUGU